GAGAAGAGAGCUCGGUACCCUCUUGCCAAUCCUGGUCAGAGCUUCUGGCCAUUUUGUUGCAAUUCAAGUCCUCCUCCCUCAGUGUGGACUCACAGGCAGUCAGAGAGACCAACAGGCUGUCAUGGCGACCAGCAGAGACCCAGAGGAGGAGCAGGUGGUUCCAAGUGAGGAGGAUGAGGCCGAUGUGAGGGCUGUGCAGGCCCAUUACCUCCGGAGCCCUUCCCCCAGCCAGUACUCCAUGGUCUCAGAUGCAGAGACAGAAAAUUUCAUGGAACCUAUCCACCUUUCUUCCACAGUUGCAGCCAAACAGAUCAUCAAUGAAGAACUCAAGCCUCGGGGGCUCAGAGCAGAUGCAGAGUGUCCAGGCAUGCUGGAGUCAGCCGAGCAGCUGCUGGUGGAGGACCUGUACAACCGUGUCAGGGAGAAGAUGGAUGACACCAGCCUCUACAACCCCUGUGUGCUGGACCUGCAGCGGGCCCUGGUUCAGGACCACCAAGAGGCCCCUAGGAAUGAGGUGGAUGAGGUCUGGCCCAAUGUCUUCAUAGCUGAGAAGAGCGUGGCUGUGAACAAGGGAAGGCUAAAGAGGCUGGGUAUUACCCACAUCCUGAAUGCUGCUCAUGGCACUGGUGUUUACACUGGCCCUGAAUUCUACACAUGGCUUGGAGAUCAGUUGGGUGUGGAGGUGGAUGACUUCCCAGAAGUGGAUCCCCCCCAGCAUUUCCGGAAGCUGCUGAGUUCCUUGGAUGAAGCGCUGCUGACAUACGAGAGGUGAAGGAGGAAAGUCCUGGUCAGCAGCGAAAUGGGCAUCAGCAGGUCAGCAGUGCUGGUGGUCGCCUACCUGAUGAUCUUCCACAGCAUGGCUAUCCUGGAGGCCUUGAUGACUGUGCGCAGGAAGAGAGCCAUCUACCCCAACGGGGGCUUCCUGAAGCAGCUGCGGGAGCUCAACGAGAAGCUGAUGGAGGAGAGGGAAGAGGAGGAUGGCGGGGAGGAGACAGCAGACGAGGCCGAGGAGGGCGAGGACACCGGGAGCACGCUGGGCGCCAGAGCGCACUCGCUGAUGGUGGAGGAGGAGGACGCCACCAGCCACCUGAGCUGCGCCUCCUUGGGGAAGUCCAGCCCGGCCUCCAAGCCACUCACCCUCAUUGAUGAAGAGGAGGAGGAGAAGCUGUACGAGGAGUGGAGGAAGAGGCAGGGCCUCCCCGCGGACAAGGCCGCCCAGGCUGGAGAGGGCAGGCGCUGCACCUCGUCUGCCCAGGGUGGGGAGGACUCGGGGGAUGAGGACCUGGAGAGGAUCAUCCAAGAGUGGCAAAGCCGAAAUGACAAGUACCAAGCCGCAGGGCACCGGCGAUGGAGUCGGGAGGAGGAGGAAGAGGAGAGCAGCACUGGCUCCUUGGCUGGCAGAAGGCGUAGGCACACCCUGAGCGAAAGCAGCACCUCGGCGAGCGUGAGCAGCCAUGACAUCCGGGUCUUGAAGCAGCAGCUGGAGAGGAGCAGCCAGAGCCGAGGUGUGAGGCGCCGCUCCGACUCUGUGUCCACCGAGAGCACCUGGGACAUGUGGAACGAAAGGCUGAUGGAGAUUGAGAAGGAAGCUUCCCGAAGGUACCGCUCCAGGAGCAAGAGGGAGGAGGGGGACACCAGCUCAGAGGCAGGAAGCAGAGAGCGAGAGGAUGACGAGGAGAGCGUCUCUGAGGCCAGUUCCUUCUACAACUUCUGCAGCAGGAACAAGGACAAACUCACUGCCCUAGAAAGGUGGAAGAUCAAGAGAAUACAGUUUGGAUUUCACAAGAAAGACUCAGAGGUGGGAGACGGAAGCAGUGAGCAUGGUGCAGAGGAAGCAGCAGGGGAGAAGAACCUCUCUGACGUCAACCUGACUGCCUACCAGGCCUGGAAGCUAAAGCACCAGAAAAAGGUGGGCAGUGAGAACAAGGAGGAGGUGAUGGAGAUGAGCAAGGGAGAGGAUGCUGUCUUAGCCAAGAAGAGGCAACGGAGGCUGGAGCUGCUGGAGAGAAGCAGGCAGACCCUGGAAGAGAGCCAGUCCAUGGGGAGCUGGGAGGCUGACAGCUCAACAGCCAGCAGGAGCAUCCCCCUGUCUGCAUUCUGGUCUGCAGCCUCCUCAGUCAGUGCUGAUGGGGACACAGCAUCAGUACUCAGCACCCAGAGCCACCACUCCCACCUAUCUCAGGCUGCAAGCAAUAUAGGGGGAUGCUCAGCUUCCAACCCCACCACACCGCUGCCUAACCUACCAGUGGGUCCUGGAGACACCAUUUCCAUUGCCAGUAUCCAGAACUGGAUUGCCAAUGUAGUCACUGAGACUCUUGCACAGAAGCAAAAUGAAAUGCUGCUGCUGUCCCGCUCCCCAUCCAUUGCAAGCAUGAAGGCGGUACCAGGGGGCAGCUGCCUGGGAGAUGACCAGGUCUCCAUGCUCAGUGGACAGAGCAGCUCCUCCCUGGGAGGCUGCCUGUUGCCUCAGAGCCAGGCGAUACCCAGCUUUGACUCGCAGUCUGUGUUGUCCUCCAACACCACACUGAGCUCCAGAGGUGAAGGCAGUAGGAGCAAAGUGAGGGGAACCAGCAAGCCUAUAUAUAGCCUCUUUGCUGACAAUGUGGACCUAAAGGAGCUUGGCAGGAAGGAGAGGGAGAUGCAAAUGGAGCAAGAGAAGAUGUCUGAGUACAAAAUGGAGAAGCUAGCCUCAGACAACAAACGCAGCUCCCUUUUCAAGAAGAAGAAAAAGGUCAAGGAAGAUGAGGAUGAUAGUGUGGGUGAUGGGGAUGAGGACACAGACAGUGCCAUAGGAAGCUUCCAAUAUUCCUCUCGUAGUAAUUCCCAAAAGCCUGAAACAGACACCUCCUCCUCCCUGGCUGUCUCUGAUCACUUUAGAGAUGGGAGCAGCAAAGGUGGCAAAGAGAUGGAUAGCAGUAUUAAUAAGUGGCUCAGUGGCCUCAGGACAGAGGAGAAAUCUCCUCCCCAAAGUGACUGGUCUGGAAGCUCCAGGGGGAAGUACACCAGAUCUUCCCUGCUCAGAGAAACUGAGUCAAAAUCCUCCAGUUACAAAUUCUCCAAAUCCCAGUCAGAAGAACAAGACACCUCCUCCUACCAUGAGGCAAAGGGCAACUCUGUAAGAAGCACUUCAAGGUUCUCCUCUUCCUCCACCAGGGAGGGCAAAGAGGUACAUAAGUUCUCCAGAUCCACGUUCAGUGAGACCUUGAGCUCCCAUGAGGACAGCCCAGAGCCCUGCUUUUUCCACCGGACCCCUGAACCGUCUGAAGGGGAAGAAUCCCCGGAGCCACAGCGUCCGAAUUGGGCGAGGCCCAGGGGCUGGGAAGAUGCGAAAGAGUCAUCCAAGUCAGACUUCUCUGAAUUUGGAGCCAAGAGGAAAUUCACCCAGAGCUUCAUGAGGUCUGAGGAAGAGGGAGAGAAAGAAAGAACAGAAAACAGAGAAGAAGGGAGAUUUGCCUCUGGAAGGAGGUCCCAGUAUCGGAGAAGCACUGACAGGGAGGAACAGGAGGAAAUGGAUGAUGAAGCCAUCAUUGCUGCUUGGAGACGCCGGCAAGAAGAAACCAGGACCAAGCUACAGAGGAGGAGGGAGGAUGAGGAUUGAGCUGGGCCAGGGAGACCUGGAGAGACUAGGAACACAGGAAGAAGCCGUUCAGGUUAGCACAGGGCUCAGGGCACACAUUGCUACUACCCAUCAAGGGAUGAAGAUGCAGAGGAUCUUCCAGAGGGGCAGAUUUGAAAGUACUCAAGCAAAAGGACACCAGAGGUGCAGGAGGGCAGAGGGGGGGAGAAGAACCAUCAGUGUGAGGUCCAAAUGCUGGACCAUCUGACACCAUUUUGUUGCCCACGGUCUUCUAAGCUUUGGUGCUUCACUUCUGUAUUUUUUUUUUCACUUCUGUAUUUGAUAGUGUUCAUUGCAGACUGGAGAGGUGAGCUUUAAAAGACUGUAUAGUUUAUUGGAGACUCCAGCUUACAUCCAGAAAAAUCAUGCAAACAGGACAUGGCUGUUUGUAGAGGUUUUAAAAUGAGACACAGAAAAUCUAUUCUGUAGCAAGUCUGACCUCUCUGGGCAGUGCUCAGCUGUGAUUGUUUCUUUCUAAUGUUUUGGAUCUCCAUUAAAUUGGUAUGUUGUCAAAUAUUUCUUUCUCACUCUGGUCACUUUUAGCUCUUUGGAUAUUAGGGGAAACUCACUUUAAAAAGACACAAAUGGAUUUUUAGGAGCUAACCUUACCUUGUUCCACAAAACUGUGCUUCCAGGCAGUGCCUUUGUCAUUUCAUUACCAGAGAGAAUAAUGAAGGAUUUAGUCUAUGAUACAGUACAGCAGGAGGCCAUAGUAGGAAAACCCUUGAGAGGAACAGAGAAAACUAGAGAGAGAACAACUUUGCUUGUGGUGAAAGUAGUAAGAUAUAAGAAACCCUUGAGAGGAACAGAGAAAACUAUAGAGAGAACAACUUUGCUUGUGGUGAGAGUAGUAAGAUAUAAGAUAGAGAGGUCCCUCUGGAAUGGCAGAAAAACAAAAACAGAGCCAGCAGAGAGAAGAAAAGAAGCCCAAUACAAGGAGAUAAAGAUGUAUUUUUUUAAAAUAAAAUCUGCCCUUGUUUUUUAGUUAUUAGUGGAACAUUGGAUAAUGCAAUGAAUGGAUAAUCUACUUGUGCCUUCCUCGAAUGUGGAUGGACUAGGUUGGUAAGAAUUCUUUACCUUUUGUUCCUAGCACAUUUCUAUCCCUAAAACACAGGUUGGGUUGCUGAAGCAAUCUGUUUGGACUGGGUUCUACAGUUCUUUUCAAGCUAUAGUACCUUGUAGGAUUAUGCUAUGCAGGGGUCCCAGAUGUCUUGAUCAAUCAAAAAAGCUAUUUCAGGGACACAGCUGACAAUGAAAUUAUUACUGAGAAGGGAAAAGAAAAAGGAGGAAUCCACUAAUGGGACAAGUAGUGAUAUCAUAUCAUUACUUUUUCUAAAAACUUAAUUUCGUGGGAUGUGGAGAUUAGACAACCUUCCUACAUAAGUUAGUUUGACAUCACACAUCUCAAUGUGCACAAAAAUAAAAAUACCAAGGCAAAAGGGAGCUGACUUGAGCAGUGCAAACCCAGAAGUGCACAUAGCUGUCAUCAAGGCAGCUGGAUUGACUUGCUGGUUUCCCCUCUAUUAUCUGAGCCCACAGUUCACUUGCUGGUGACAUGUGUAUCCCCUGCACUGACUGUGGGAAAAAGAGACCCUGAAAA